GGGCGGGCGGGGCGGCGGGGCCCGCCAUGCUGAGCCGGCUGCAGGAGCUGCGCAGGGAGGAGGAGACGCUGCUGCGGGUCAAGGCGGCGCUGCACGACCAGCUCCGCAGGCUGCGGGUGGAGGAGCUGGCGCUGCAGUCCAUGAUCAGAUCCAGCGAGGAGAACGUCCCUGUCCCCUCCUCAGGCCUCACAGGGGACACUCAGCAGACUCUUGGGCAGAUGGACAACGAGGCUGCCAUCAACCAAACCGAGCUACACCUCAGCCUUCAGGGCCAUCAGGAGGAGGAGGAGGAGGAAGAGGAGGAAGAAUCCGAUUCUUGAGAGGGGGGAAAAAAAUCAGAGAUGGUUUUUGAUACAGACUCAGGAACUUCUUCUGCAUUCAUUUAAAACUCACCAGGUGAUUUCCAUGUUGUGCUGUGUGUGGAUAUGAACUGUGUGAUCCAUGAGGCAGAGUCUGGGGCAGUGACACCGAGCACUCAAAUGUCACAGGCUGGGCACAUCUUGACUCAGAUGUUAAAAGAAUGAAAGUCUGCUGCACAAAUAUGUAGCACAAUCCAUUCCACACUGAAAACCUAAUGUAGCUUUUUACAGCAUCCUUGGAUGGGGAAGGGAGAGGUAAUUAAUCAGCCAGACUAAUUUCACGUGGACACUGAAAGCAAUAACUCGCCUGCUCUCACUUCCUGAUGCUGACAAACACAACCAGGUGCUCCACCAGUGAUUAUGUUACAACCUCACCUGCCUAAACUGGGGAUUUGAGAUGAGUGGUGAGAUAAGAUGUGCCCAGGGUCGCUCCAUGGAAAGCUGGAGUCACUCCCAGUGCCCUGGGAGUGCAGGUCCAGCACCACCAACCCAAUGGUGAGGGCAGCACUGAGGUCCCUCUGUCCCCACUGGUGCUCUUCAGUACUGGCAGUCUGGCCAGGGAAGUUCUUUUUACUUCCUGCUCUUCAGAGUAGCAGCCAAGGAGCCUUUUAUUUGUCCACAAAUUGUACAGUACAAAUUGGUGCUUGUAUCAAGGAACUGAUGCUCUUAAAUUGGUGUUAUUUACUUUUCCUCUCACGGUAACCUCAUAAAUCAGGGCAGUUCCACCUGCUUUCCUGGGAUCUUCGAGGAGGAGUUUAAGAGCUUAGUUAUAAAUGGAAAGUGAAGUCUCCUCCACAAUUUCUGUCCUGGGAGAAGGGUCUGGAAUGCUGGCUGUGGGCAGAACACACCACUGAGCCUCCAGUGAGUUCCUGCCCCUGCUCAGUGAGAGAUUGUUGAUGUGGCUUUUAUUUGGUGUGUGCCAAUAGAAACCAAAUGUUGGGAUGUAAAUGCAGCUUCAUCCUGUACUAGACUAACUGGCUUUUGAGGAUCCUCGGAUGUCUGAAGGAGUGCAGAAGAUUUAGCAAAGCUUUCCCAAGCCUGACUGGUAAAAACCCCAAAAGUCUGAGCUGAGAAAGUCACGGAGUGUCCAAUAACUCCCUGCAGGUGUGUGGGAAGAGCUGGUUUGGGAGGAGCUCAGGGGCCAGCCUGGCCUUUCUUGGCACAUCUCUGCUCCAAGGGGUGAUUUGGACUGUGAGAAGUGUUAUUUGUACCCAGCAUGGUGCAGAGUAGUUUCCAUGGAUAGAAUUCCUGAUGCCUUUAGUGAACGAGCCCCCUGCUUGCUUUUGGGUUCUGACAGAGCAGUCCUGUUGCAUGUUGCAAUAAAGUUCUUUCCCUGCUGUCCUUCCAUA